AUGGGCUGCUCACCAUCCAAAGGUAACAAUUUUGGCACUCUGGGUGCCAUGAGGAAGGGGAGAAUGUUACCCCCUGCACCUCAAGACAACUCCAGAGAUCCACAGUUUGAAGAUGGUGAAAAUCAUGAUUCAUCUGGCGCUACAAAUGGAGAUACAAAGGAAAAGAAGACAGGUGGACAAACCCAGGUACUUCAGAAAGAGUCACACAUGACACCACAGAAAAAGAGGCUUGAUACCGAGCAAGUGAAUAUGGAAGCAGUUAACAUAGAUAAGCUGGGGAAUCAAGCAACAGAAAAAAGCGCAGUAUCACUGAGGAAAGAGAAAAACAAUGACAAACAGGAUGUGGCAGACAAAAGGCUUAACAGGAAACCAAAGAAAAAUGCCAAAGGUGCAAAAGUUCUUAAAAAGAAAGACAAAGACAAACUAUCUGAAGAGCAGAAAGUGGACUUUCCAGAACCCUUGGUAAAAGCUCACCAAGCUGCAUAUGCCUUUUUGAAUCCUAGCAUAAACAAAUAUGAUGUUUUGCUUGGACUCUUAGAACAAGCAGCUGAAACUCAGGUUUCUGUUCAGCCUAUGGUUGCCUUCAUGGCUCUACGUUACGAGGAAAUAAUUCAGGGACUAGAAGACAUGGUGGAGGAGGGAGAAAAAAUUUUAAAAGAAAAUGGUGAACAUCUUGCUUGGCCAAGCCAAAUGAAAAAUCUCUCAUCCUCUUCCCCUCUGAAGUCUGGCUCUCCUAAUAUCGAACCCCCACCGGAUUUGUUGCAGCAGCUGCUUCAGUACACCACACAGAGAAUGAGAAAUGUGAGCCAGACUGUUGGAAGAAUUGGGGACUGUGCUUUAGAAGAGGCAGCUGAGUAUUUUGCCUCAGUUUCAGAGCUUUUAGAGGAGAAACUUAAAGUCAAACGUGCAACAGAGAGUAGGUUAAUGCAACUCUUAUCCCGCAUUGAAAUGGCCUCUCUGCACAAGCCUGGGCCAGAGGAUUCAGCUCUCUUUAGUGAGGACAGUGGAAUUGGGGCUGAGAAUGAAUCCUUUGCUGGAUCUGAGAGACGCCAAAGACGAGAGAGUUGUGAGUCUACCGGGACAAAUAGAGCUACUCCUGUCAGUCCUGUGCGAAGAGUGUCAAGGAGAAGGCUUCGGGGUCAAAUAAGUCCCAGUGUGUCCCUAACCUCACUCAACUCACUAGGUUCUACAUGUACCAUAAUGGCUAAUGACCAAAGAGACUCAUUGCUAGGAUCUGUCUCCACAGAGUACGGGGAAGAGGAUGUCAAUGAUUAUGAUGAGGUGGACAGAGAUAUAGGAGAUAUCCAAGAAGCAAUUCAAAAACAAUCAAAUUGUUCUCCUGUAGACUGUGAGCUACAACAACCUCGACGUUUACCCCCAAAGAGGAUAGAAAAUCCUCAAAAUGUGGAAAUGACUAUGAAAAUGAAAAAUGCAAUAAGUGGUAGGAUACAGUUUGUAUCGUCACAAAACCCUAGUUCUAAAACAAAGGCAUCAGAGAGCACAAAAUCUAGCACACAGGAGUGGACAGAUGAUGAGGUACGAUCUCCAAGGAGGCCUCAAACAGCAGCACUUGUACGAAAGGCACAAGUGAAAAAGACCCCAGUGAACAGGGGUCAGCGUUCCCGGUCAGCAGAUUCCCUACGGAGCAAAGGGGAAGAUCCUACUCUUCUUGAACUAGAAAGGACCCAGAAAGAUUUAAACCGGAGAUUGCAGAGCAUAAAUAAAAGCAAAGAAGAAAGAAAAACAAGAACUGAUCCUUUAAAACGAAACCAAGGAAACUCACCAGCACAAUCUCCAGCAAUAAAUCGGAGACAGCCCUCAUUAGAAAAGAAAAACAACCCCCAACCACCUAAAGACAAGGCAAGUCUUACAAAGUCCAAUAGUAAAAAACAGGAGGUAACCAGUGAAGUUGAUGAUGAUAAACAAAAAGACAAGAAUAUACCCAAGGGUCUUAUAAAAGCAACUCCACCUCCUAGCCCGCCUUUAUCACCCCAGCCAUCUUCUGGCCUUCACAGAGGUAGGAAUUCAGUCAAAAAACUGAUUGAUACAUUCAGUCAAGGAAUAGAAGAACUAGAAGGUCCUAAAGUCCUGGGGCCUCUCAAAGGUGUGCGAAAAUGUGGUGUUCCAGUGUUACCCGGUUUAGGAAAUGUAGAAGCCGUGCUGACUGCUGGCAUAACUAGCUGUAGGUCUGAAUCUACAACAUGUGAGAAAACAGAUUUAGAUCUGGAUAGUCUUCCUCCACCAGCAAUGGAAGUAUUACUGGACAAUUCCUUUGAAAGCGCUCAGAAGUGGAACAACAAGACACAUUUCCUCUGUCUAAGGUCAAUCAACCAGACAUUCAACAACGGGCAGAUUUGGAAAUCAAAAAGGAUUCUUUAUAUCAGCAACUCAGAAAGAGCAUACAACUAA